AUGGCGGAGGAUGUUAUGUUUUUUCAUUUUCACAAUCUCCAGGAUGAUUUUAUUAAAUAUUACCAGUCAACGAAUAAAUACAGGAUCGACCAAGUUAAGUUGAGUCGAUUGAGUAUCUUGUUUGGAGCAUCGGCCUUGUACAGGAGAAUACAAUCAAUAUUUCCGAAUGAAGAACCACAAAAAAUUGUUAUUUGUGCCCACCUGAAACAUUCGAAAAUACAUGAUUUUUACAUUAUCGCAGCUUCUCUUAUAUAUGGAUAUCCACUUUUCCAUAGUAAUUGGCAUCGCGAUGGCGAUGAAAGUUUAUCGUACAAAAUUCAAGUUGCAAAAUGCCGACUUGUUAUACUUGACGAUGAUAUGAGCUCAGAAUGGAUGAUUCCUGAUGUAAAAUAUAUUAAAAUAUCGGACAUAUAUACGCAAUCAAUAUACAACAAAAGUUUGUCACUUUGUAAUUAUUUAUCACUUGUCGAUUCUCUUGGAAAGGAAAAAUCUGAUUCAAGGAUACAAGUUAUGCUUGCAAACCAAACUAAACAUGUUAGCGAAAUAAACAUGGACGAUCUCUUAAUGAUUUCAUUUACUGAGGGGAAGUUGAAUAGAAAACCAAAGGCUAGACUUAUAACAUAUGGAGAAAUGUUUGAACAAUUUAAGGAAUUAGAAUCCCUAAAUAUGUGGACUAAGGAUGAGAUGUUGGUUAUCUUCAUUACGAAUCCUACUUAUGAUUGGAUCACAUCUACCGUUCUCUAUUAUUCUUUGUAUAGGCCGAAUGUUUAUGUACAUUUCCUCCAAAGAUAUAUGACAACUUAUUGGAAAAUUCUUUGGGAAGCCAAUGAGCAUUCAAAGAAUCUAUUUUUACAACUAGGAAAAUCAUAUAAAGUAUUAAAUUUUCUCUAUCCUCGGCAGUUGGAAGCUCUUUUUACCUUGGAGGAGGUAGCAAAUGAAUGUUUAUUAUUUAUGGAAAGUACUUCUGAAUUGGCAAAAAACCGCAUAUCGGAAGGUCUAUCUACAAAAAUGUAUACAACACCGGAUUUUUCAAAGACCUUGGAAUCUUCCGGGAACAUAUCUGAUAUGGGAUCAAGUUUACUGGAAAAAUCUAGGACAUCUGCUAUGGAUCCGUUAAUGAAGAAUGAUGUUUAUCGUUCUCCACUUUUGGACACUAGAAUAUCGGGUUCAUCUAUUAGAAAUGAGCCAUCUGGAACUUCAUAUUCAAGGAAUCAAAGUUCUCCACAAUUCGAAAGAACUAAAAACUCUAAAUCAGUGUUGUACAUUCCGAAGUUACACUUGAAAUUUUCCGAAUUAAGAAGUGUUUUGUCCGACAAGAAUGUUCAUUUUUUCCUUUCAGGAACACAUACCGAAUAUAGUUUGUGUGAAAUGUUUUUCCGUAUGUUUGGUGGGAAAAUGCCAGUUACCCUUUUUGGAUCCAACGAGAUUACACCGAUAAUAACAUUAUCAAUUCCAUCAUUUGGAACUAUCAACGCUAUUAAACAUUAUAAAAAAGGUGUUUCUAAUACCUAUGCUGGAAAGAAUUACAUUGGCCACUACAUUGGAACUCCUAUUCACAAAGAUUUUGGAGUUUCUGUGGUAAAGUCGAUUGAUCCAAAAGACCCUCAAUACAUGUCUAAAUGUUCUGAAGGAGAACCUGGAUUUAUUGUUUGCAAGUUAAGAAGGAGGAAUCAGAUACUAUUAAAUGACGAUUUUACGCAUAUUGUUACAACUGAUGGGACUUAUUUAGGAUUGGAUGAUAUUGGUUUUUAUUACAAAUCGCAAGAUGGUGAAGAACAUUUCUAUUGGACUCAUACUCUUAAUGCUUCAAUCACCAGGGAUUUAUCCUAUCCUUAUGAUACAUUGAUUUCGACUAGUAAAACUAUACAAAAAUCAAUUUGCCUCAGAUAUGGACUCACAUCUUCAGUAGUUCGUGUAGAAACAAUGAAGAUCACAUUCCCUGGAAAUGAAACUAGAAUUAUUACAGUUGUGGAAUUAAUCACUGUUCUAAAGCCAGAUAUUUCUCAAGACUUAAAGUCAGGUUUCCUAAGAACCUGUAGUAUGUUUAUUUAUGACUUUGAUAAAUUCUGUACAGAAGCUGUCGGAUUGUUCACCGACCAACUUGAGCCGGAUGAAAUAAGGGUUAUAUCUAUACCAUGGACUUAUAAAGGGAGUGUCAAUUAUGCUGUUCUAGGGGUGAGUUGUUCCUACAAAUUUCAGCGCACUUUAGGACAUCCUUUUACACUAGUCAUAAAUUCACAAUAUAAAUCCACUUAA